CAAAUCGAUAAAAAUCCACCUUCUAAAUACAUACACCUUGAUCACAAGUGCUUAGCCAAGCACGGGCUUUUGGUACGCUGGUAGCAUCUUCAAAUAACAUUCGCGCAGUAAAGAAAAAAGAAAAACAUUGCCCCUAGUGCCGCCAAAAGUGUUGUUCGAUUUUUUACUCCACCGAAAGUGUUCUGUCGACCGCCGCUGUAAUCCGCACGCGCGCUUCGGAUGCACCCAGUCCAGCGGACAAACCAUCACACCUAGCACGAGCAUGAGUGAACCCGCAUCGGGUGGCAUUAAAAACGAUCCGAAAGAUGUGUCCGGUAAGCAGCCGGGUGCGGGCCGCGCCUCGUUUUCGAACAUGAGUGACGACGGUUUUCCGGCGGGCCCGUCGCUCAAGUCGCCUACCCGGGCGGACGAUACCGCCAGCCUGAGCGAUGACGAGCCGAAGACGCUUACUACGCUGGAACCGGUGAAGAAGCACGUAGCUGAGACGGAGAAGAAAGGCAUGCCGGUAGUUGCUGUUAAGGCCGCCCCGAAAGCUUCAAACUCAGCUCACCCGCUGCCCGCUCAAAGUGAGACGGCGAAAGCCAACAAAACAUCCGACAAAGACACACAUUCGACUGACAGCAUCUUAGAAAAGAUGCGCAAUAAGCUUAGUAAGCAUAUCGAGCGGAAGUCGCUAAAUUCCACACCGGUCAGCGCGCCGCUGGACAUGAGCGGCGCUAUCGAGAUACCGCAGGACCUGAUACUGAGCAACGACAUACCGCAAACACCGAUCGCGGCCCCCGACUCGAAGGAAAGCAAGCUGGACGAUCACGAUCUGAUCGCCAUACUGGAAGGCAACGUGGUUGCUAUACGCGAAAAUGCGUCCGAGAUCGAAGUGUGCGUUGGUUCGGACGAGACGAAAGAUUCUGGCGGCGAGAUGGAAAUUUUGUCCUUUUCCAUCAUCAACCCGGACGAGCUGCAGCAGGCAAAGAAGGAGCGGGAAAAGGAAAUAGCUCGCCGGCAGAUGGAAAGCCUACCGACGAUGCCAAAGGUGCGGCGAGUGCGCAACAAACCGGUGGUGCCCAAAAAAGAAAGCAUCAAACCAAUCGAGAAGCAGACGGAAAAGUGGCCCAUAAAGGUGCACGAAACGUUUGCUGCACCGGCACCAAAAAUGCCACCCGGGGUGACAAUUAUGGGACAGACCACGAUAAGGCCACUGGUGAAGAUACCACUGGACAGUGGGUUGCCGAUCAAGAAGGAACCGGAGAAGAUGCCGGAGCAACAAAAACAACAACAACAACAACAGCAAUCGCCGAAAUCAGUGAAAGCGAUGAUAAGCAAAAAUCUAAAAGAAAAACUAUCAAAAGAUAUGAAACUGCCCAUCGUGGCAGUGAAAAAACCGGUACCAACAGUGGACACGCCACAGAAGAAUUCGCAGCUGGUAGAUUCGCUUGUUUCCGACUGGGACGAUGAGCCACCAUCGGGACAGCGUCCGGCUGAAGCUGGUGUGGUGGCACCACCACCAAAACAACAGCAAAAGCAAGCACCAACAAUAGUGCCGAUGAGCGAGAAACCCAAGGUGGCAGCCCCGGAAGAGCAGGGCCAGGAAUUUAUUCUACCGGCACUGCCGCCAGCUGCCGAACCGCCGAAGCGUGUGAUCAAGCGCAAAAUCAUCUGGGAUCCGUCGGAUUCGACCGUGCCGUUUGCGAGCUUGGUAAAAGCAAACCGCGCCCAGUCCGCAAGCGCAAACGCGGUACAGGAUCCACCUGCCGGUUUGGCCCCAUUACGACGCAAGCGUGCGGAUUCGGUGGCCGUGCGUAUGAUAGACAACACGCCACAGUUCAGUACGGUGGGUCCGGCUCGACAGCGUGCUAAAACACCCGAGCUGGGACAGGUGAUCGUCGAUCGACAGCUGGUGAUCCCACCGAAGACCGAGGAGCUGGCCAAUGACCCGAAGGCAAAGAAGAGAAAGAAGAAUGAAAUCGAACGCUUGCUGGGGGACGAAGGCGCCAUCAAUAUGCUGUACGAUGUGGAGUGUGAAACGAACCGGAAAGAUCUGCUGAAAGAAACGGAAGUGGACAUAAGCGACGAGGACGAGAAAUUGCUUGCUAAGACAAAAAUUAUAACCGAUGCGGUCAUAAAUCAGGGCAAAUCACCGAACGAGCCGUCGGCGCAGGGUUUGCGCGUCAGGAGCAAGCGUUCCACAACACCGAUGAGCCAACCGGGAACGGCCACCAGCCCACAGCAGCAGCAGCAACACAGCACCAAAGCGUCCGUAUCGCCCACGAGCUUGGUCGUGCCGGUGGUAACGCAACCGGCGAAAAAAUCGCCCGCGAAUGGCACUGCCACCACCACCACUACCACCGCCGUUCCACCGAUAACGGGUGCUCGCAAGCGAAAGAUGACGGCGACGGCCGCCAGGGAGUGGGAAUACGUUUACAAUGCGCAACGGAACGACGAUGCCAUGAUCAUACGACGACGGUCCAACAGUUCCUACUCCAGCGGUGCCAGCCCGCGUCGGUUAAGCUUCGACCAAACGAACGAGCCCGGUGACCACCGGUACGGAUUCGGGUCGGAAAAUGCUACCUCGCCCCAAACCGCAACCCAAGAAAAAGCCACCUCCGAAGGUCAUCAGCAGAAGGCGGGAGGAGCGUUCUUGUUUGCAAAACCACCCGCCAAAAAUGAGUCUCCACCGAAGAAGGGAACGAAAGCGCCCGGAGCGACAGCAUCCGAGGAGAUCAAGUUUAACCCUUCACUGGUCGCCAACAUGCGCGGCAAGCUAACGAAGGUGUUGAAAGGCAUGAAAGGUGCUGUCCCAUUGGCAACGAGCACACCCGGCCACGAUGUACCACCGGUGCAGAAUGCGAAAAAACAACCGAUUAAACGCAAAGCGCCUGCAACCACCACCGGCUCGGUUGAUGUGGUGGAUUCGGCUGUGAGUGCGAGCGAGAAGCAGCCAUUAUCAGCAAACGAGGAGGAUUUGGAAAGGCAGUUGGACCAUUUAAAGCAGAUAUCGUGUGUGAAGCAGCAGGGCAAUUAUGCGGAGAUAGUGCUAGCGGCCAAGGGUGUCAUCAACCGGGAGGCAGAAGACGCUCUGAAGGACGUUUUCUCUUUCGAUUUGAUGAAUGGACUGACCAAUAUGUUGACGAUGCUGCAGCGCGAUGAGUCCGUCCGUGCCGUGCUGAUACGAUCUUCCGGUGCGCACUUUAGCCGCGGGAUAGACGUGGGCCACCUGAUACAGCCGAUCGAAAAACGCCCGGAAGUGGUCGAAAGCAUGAGUAUAUGCUUGAUGAAGUUCCUGAAGGCGCUGAUCGGUUUCACCAAACCCAUCGUGGCCGCCGUGCACGGUGAUGUGCUCGGUAUGGGCGUAACGAUACUGCCCCUGUUCGAUCUGGUCGUCGCCCAGAUGGGUAGCAGCUACACCGCACCGUACGGCCAUUUCGGCUACCUUCCCGAAGGCAUCGGAGCUUUCACCAACGGUCGCACGCUGAAAGGAAAAACGGUGCCGGAUCUGUUUCUGCUGGGCAAGCGUUUGACGGCUACGGUAGCGUUGGAUUAUGGGCUAGUAACGGAAACGGUUCCACCGGAACGGUUCGAAGAGCGAGCACGUUCAGUCGCGCGAACGGUCGCCAACCAAUCCAUCCAAGCUAUGCAAACGAUAAAGCGACAUCUUCGCCGCGAUCUUGUGACCAGGAUGGGGCCGCUCCUGCUGAUGGAGCAAAAACGGCAGGCCGAACAGUGGUGCACGGCCGAGUGUCAGCAGAAGUUUAAGCUGUUUGUGGCCAAAGGAGGAGAGCUUUAACUUUCCCUACAAACAACAAAUAACCCUGGUGUACAGGAAAAAAACAAAACAUACGUUAUACGUACGAUCGCGAUCCCAUUUUUUCCCCCUCAAUAUUAUAGGUUUGCAAUAUAGGUUUCGUAGACAUAUCGAUAUCGCUCACAUCGAACCGGAUGUGUGUUGAACUACAUGUUAUAACGCUAGGUUUCAGAAACAAUCAUUGCGUCAAACUCUUCCCCCACGUUGUUAUUAUGAAUUAUGAAAGUUAAAAUCAACCGUUGGUUAGUUUUUGCUGUACCAAGUUACUACCCACUUUGUGCCUUUAUGCCCCGGGCAGCUGUUUCCAUACAACGCUCGAAGCAGUUAAAGAUUCCCUACUGGAUUAUGAGCGAUCCAUUUUUCAGUUUCUUUUAGCGCAGCGUUUCCUAGCUUGUAACAACAUUACAAUUAGAGUGGAGGCUAAAGGCUAAUCAUAAUCUACGAGUAAGACAUUAUUGUACGUUAAGCAAGUGCAAGGGCAGUGCAAAGUAAUUACGAUUAACAAUUUAUAUAAUUCAAUUAAGUGAGUUCAGAUCAGUUUUUAUUUUUUGCUUCUUUACGAGCGCCAGAGACAGAUGGAAGGAAGGGCGCGUUAUUUACAUCCCCUUUUUUAUAAAUUGGUCCCUCUUUAUCGAGAUGAGAUGUACGUUUGCUAUCUUUACUAAUCACUUCGGCAACUGUUUUAAAUUCUAUUACAAAGAAAAACCCCUAUAGCUGUAAUGAGGAAAUCAUUAUUGAACGAAAUGUGUGUAGCAACGCAAACGUGUGGUGAAAAACAAAAACGGAUGAAUAGUAUAUUGCUAGAAUAUCAUUUAAGAAAUAUAUUUUGAACUGCAACACGUUUCUUUACACCCCGCGUGUGCGUACCUGCUA